AUGUGUACCGCUCUCGGCGCAUAUUGGCUUUUUGUUCGCGUACUCCGUUAUAGGCGCCGCGAUGGCGUCUCUCGCCGCCUCAAUUACCCUGAUCGCUCUUCGUGGAGUGGUAUGACUCUCCAAGAUGCGCAUUCCAUGCAGCUCGCUCUUGCCGAACUAGAGUUCCCGACCGUGUUUUCAGUUUCCGUCUUCUUUGCCCUUUUCAAAACAUAUGGCAUUCCCAGCAUCUCGAAAUUGCUAGUUGCAACAGGACAGCUGUCCGCUCCGGAAACAGCAUCCAAAAGGGCAGCAGAUACUGGUGUUGUCAUCACCGAGGUGGUGCUCAACAAACCCGAUUCUGAACGAGCCAUUAGUGGCAUAGCGCUUAUGAAUUACCUCCAUGGUCGGUAUAUCAAGGCUGGAAAGAUAUCGAAUGAUGAUAUGCUGUAUACGCUAAGUCUUUUCGUGCUUGAGCCGAUUCGGUGGACUGCCAAAUACGAGUGGCGUGGUGUUACGGACUUCGAAAGAUGCGCCAUGGGUGUCUACUGGAAGGAUUUGGGUGAAGCGAUGAAGAUAUCCUACGACACUCUACCUUCAGCGAGCCCAGGGUGGCGAGACGGAUUUCACUGGCUCCAAGAAUUGGAGGCGUGGAGUUUGGCCUACGAAGCUCGGAACAUGGUACCUGCUGAUACGAAUGCGACACUUGCAUGCGGCACAUUCGAUAUCGCUUUGUUUAAUGUGCCUUCCUUCCUUAAGCCGUAUGGGUUUACUGUAGCUUCUUCGUUGCUCGAGCCACGCUUACAGAAAGCGAUGAAGUUACCGCAACCGCCGGCUAUCUACACACGGAUCAUCGACACAGUCGUUGAGAUUCGGAAAUUUGCGUUGCGAAACUUCUUCCUCCCCCGGCCGCACUUCCUGCGUAAGGAGUGGUUUACAGAGCUUGAUAACCGAACUGGUCGCGCCCAUUUCGGUCAAUACAUCGCUCACCCCUGGUACAUAAAGCCAUCGUUCAUGACAAGGUGGGGUCCGAAGGCGCUAUUACUGCGACUAAUUGGGGGCGUCGUCCCAGGAGACCAGAAGUAUUUCCCAGAUGGAUACCGGAUUCAUGAGCUAGGCCCUUCGGAGCUCGUGGGAAAGGGCGAUGCCGAGAUGCGUAAAACAAGUGAAGACCUGAGAACGAGGAGAAUGGGAUGUGUCUUCUCUCGGUGA